AAAUCAAAGAUUUACAUCAUCUGUUUCACCGGUUGUCGGUGGUUACAAUCCAGUUAAUUGCUUUGAUGCGAACCAUCUAGAUAUCAUUGUAUGACACUCUAACACCUACACACCUACCUAGUAAGAGCUGAAUUAAACUUAGCACAGCCUUACCCCCUUCCCGUCCCUGAGAUAGUAGGUCGCUACGUAAAUUAUACAUAAAUCCACCAGCACCCCGCGCUAUUUUUUUUCUUUCUUCUCCAUGUCAACAAACUUCUUCCGAACUGUCCAGUCUUCCUUCAGACAUUCCGUAUACCGACCAUCGCAUAUUACGUCUAUUCGCCAAUUCCAUACUACUCUACCCAAAAUGACUGUCCACAACUUCGAAACCGCCGAGGCUUUCAAGCAGGCCAUCCAGGAGAACAAGGUCGUCCUCCUAGACUGCUUCGCGACCUGGUGCGGUCCUUGCAAGGCCAUUGCCCCUAUCCUAGCGAAACACUCGAAUGACGAGCAGUUCAAGGACAUCUACUUCGGCAAGAUCGACGUCGACGACCUCCCGGAGCUGAGCCAGGAGCUCGGCAUCACGGCCAUGCCGACGUUCCUCCUCUUCAAGGACGGCAAGGCCGAGCCCGCCGAGAGGCUCGUCGGCGCUAACCCCAACGCGCUCGUCAGCAUUCUGAAGAAGCACAUCGAGUAAAUUGGGCCGGGCGCGUUCGUUCGGAGCCCAGGGAGUGUCGGGAAAUGGGGAACAUUUUGCCUAUUGUUAGAGCGCCACGCGAUUGUGGCAGGGAGGGGUUAGAAGGGGGGAUUAUUCCUACAGAGCCGGAGCUCGCUUUCUGUCGGCGCAUUUGAUCGCGGGAAAUUUCAUGAUGCCCAUGCGGACGUUCACUUUUUUACGAAUAGAGUUAGGCUUUCAGCAGCCCCAAUGAAAUAAAGACAAAAUAUUUACGAGAAAAGAAGUCAAUUCAGUAAUAUCAAGUUGUUCAUCUUAGCCUAAUGUUAGUGUUACAGCCUACCUAUGCUUAUCCAUGCAUCAUAUGGUGGAAUUUAUAAGGCUGAUCAGGGGAUCAGUCUAUUGAGAUGGAUAGGUCAUAGGAUUCGUUAUAUCCUCUUCCACACAUUAAGGCCAUUCUACGAUACCUUUAUUAUCUUACUUCCAGUUACCAUCCUCAAGGGUUGCACCUCUUUCAAACUUACCACAGUAGAUUCUGACAUGCUUACGGCUGUCGUUCUCCUAACUUGAUUGACAUUAUACUUACAUCUGCCAUGUUUCG